CCCUUCUCUGACUUUACAGUGUACCGGGCGGGGUGAGAGGGUAGAAUUGUGUAACACGAAUGGUAUCAAUGAAAGCAUUGCCUGGAAGUCCGGGGACUAUAUCGCGGGUUUGAGACCCGGCUUACGGUCACGCCAUGAGGGAGAAGAGAACCAAGCGGCGGAGGCCGGGAGCGAGGCAAGAAGCGAAUGACACGAUGAUGGCAUCAUCCUCUAACAAUUAUUCACUAGAUGGCAGCUUUUCACCCCAGGCUGGCACAAGCAAACUACAAAACCAUGGUACUGCAACAGAUGCUUCCCCAGACUCAAAGUGUCCAAUAUGUUUGGACAGGUUUGAUAAUGUGUCACAUCUUGAUCGAUGUCUGCACAGAUUUUGUUUCCGUUGCAUUCAAGAAUGGGCAAAAAACAAAGCUGAAUGCCCUCUAUGCAAACAGCCCUUUUACUCCAUUUUCCAUAGUGUCAAAGCAGAGGAUGAUUUUAAAGAAUAUGUCUUGAGGCCCACAAUGAAUGGUUCAUUUGCCAGUCCUGAUGGACAUAGAUUUCGUUAUCGCACAACUAUGAGUAGAGACAAUCAUGUAGCCAUUCGGACAUUAAGGUCUUCAAGCACUCAAAGGACAUUUUCACCUCCUGACAAUGGAAUUUUAUUUGAAGGGUUUUCAAAUCAGAAUUUACAUCAAAGAGGUGAAGAAAUCCACCAGAUGAUAAGAAGGCUAGCCUCCAGACGACAAGCCAGUGCAGAGGGUCGUUCUAUGAGGCAAAUUCAAGAGCAAGAACUCAUUAACUUCAGAAGAGCUUUGUACCGGUCUGGAAUACGUGUGAGAAACAUUCAGGAUGGCGGACGUUAUAGAGAUAUUUCUGCUGAGUUCUUCCGGCGUAACCCUGCUUGUCUUCAUCGGCUAGUACCAUGGUUGAAAAGAGAGUUGACUGUUCUCUUUGGUAGCCAUGGUUCCCUUGUUAACAUUGUACAGCAUAUUAUUAUGAGUAAUGUCACACGAUAUGAUAUGGAAAGUCAAGCAUUUGUUGAGGAUCUUCGUCCUUUUUUGCUUCACCGCACAGACCAUUUCAUACAUGAGUUUGUUAACUUUGCCCGAUGCCCUUACAAUAUUGAAGCAUAUGAUCAGCAUGCAAACUAUGAUUGUCCUGCUCCUUCAUAUGAGGAAGGAAGCCGUUCAGAGUCAUCUGUCAUCACAAUAUCGCCAGAUGAAGCAGAUACCAGAGAUCCAAUUAUUCCUUCUGCUGGUCCUGGUGUUGGCCAGACAGCUUGGGAUGAUGAGACCCCUGGUCCCUCUUAUUCCACACUUGAGCAAGCCUCAGUUGCUGUAUCCACUACACUAGAUAUCUCAGAAAGCUCAGACGAUGAGCCACCCAGCAUAAGACAGACUUCACAAGAAGUUUCCAACAGUGAACCCACAGAAAACCUGCAGGAUCAGUCCUUUCCAACUGAUGACUGUGUUAUAGUAGGGUAUGUUAAACCACUGGCAGAAAGAACUCCAGAAUUAGUUGAAUUGUCAUCCGACUCCGAGAGCUCAUUGAGUGAGGUUAAGACAGAAGAUGCCAAAAAGCCUACGAUUAAACCAUUUUUCCUAAGUGACAGUAGUGAAUUGAGCAGGUCAUCAUCAUCUUUGUACACACCUGCAAAAGAAAAACGUUCACGCAAAACCAAGGGAAAAACCACAUCUAGCAAACAUUCCCAUUCCAGGAAAAAAGAGAAGGGAAAAUGUCGACUUGAUUUAACUUCUAGAAAGGAUAAGGGGGAUUUGAACAGUAAUUAUGCUUUGUCCAGAUGGAGGGAUAGGUCAAGGAGUUCUGAUUGUUAUUCUCGUUCUUCUCGCAAUAAAAGCCACAACAGUCGAAGGAGGCAUUGCAGCAAAAAUAAUUUGAAACCCAGGAGUCCUGAAAAGAGCAGGCAUAAAAGUAGGAAAGGAAGGAAGAAAUCUAGUAGUAGGGAUCGAAGUCUGUCUUGGAGGAGUAGGACUGUGUCACUAACUAGUGAAAGCUCCAGAGAGAGAUGCGAGUCAAGCUCUAGAAGCCGAAAUCGAAGUAGGGGUAGGUCACGAAGUCAUGAUAGUGACAAUGAUUUUUCUUCCAACAACUAUCGCAGUUCUUAUCAAUGGGAAUAUACCUAUUACAGUCGAAAUCGGGAUAGAGAUGGCUAUGAACAGUCCUACAGGAGACGGACUUGUGGUCGAGGACGUUAUUCAAGACCCUCUGCUAGCCCAGAAUAUAAAAUUCAGUCUUACUCUGAAAAGAAAGAUACAAGAAAGGAGAGGGGAUACAUUGCUAGUAAACAAUAUCGCCGUGAGCGAUACAGGUCAAGGAGUCGCUCAAGCAGUCAGAUGAAUACAUCAGGGACUGAGCAUACCAGAUCUGACAAACCAAGUGGAAAAAGAAAAUACAAAACACACCAUUUGGAAAAGCAGGAAAGGGAAGGGAACAAUCGAGAAGUUCCUUCUGCCAAAGAAAAAGAGGGAGGUCUGCAAGCAGGCAAGACUUCUCUUGGCAAUCAUACUGGUAGUCUCAAAAAUGAUUUAAUGGGUUCAUCCUCUGAACCUAAGCAGAAGUUAAGAAAAAAGGCAAGAAGCCCAAGUGUGGAAAUAGUAUAUGAGGGCAAAGCAGUUGAAGGGGCAAAGCACCACAAAAAGAAGAAGAAAAAGAAGCACAAGAAAAAACGACGCAGGGAACACACUAAUUCUCCAGCUGCUUCUCCCAUCAUUAUCACCAUUGACAGUGACAGUGACACCCCAAUGGUGGAGGAUCUCCCAUGCAAUGACCACAGCUCCCUGGUACCUGAAAACAAAACUAGUAUUGACUCAACUAACUUCAUGCACAGCCAGUCGCCACCUACCUCGACCACAGUAAGUACCACAGAAGUACUAAGUGGAGAAAGGGCAGACUCUGAUUCCAAAGCCUCUGAUUUAUGUUCAAGUAACAGGCACUUAGAUGCUGCCACUGGAAUACUGGAUGGUUUACAUUUUGAUGAUAGCUCUGAUGAACAGAAUCUGCUCCCUGUACAAAGUCCUCCUAACAUACCGGAUCUCUGUGAAGUAGAACCUUUAGCAGCUGAGAGUUCCUUGCCAGAGUCUGAUCCUAUACUGGACAAUGUACCACCUACAUCAACUUCAGAAAUAUCUGAACUUCAUAAAAGCUUUGCUGAGAGUAUAUUUGACUUUGAUCUCUUAAACAAUGUAACAUAGCACCAGUUUCCUGUUAAGACUGUUGGACAGGAGACCGCUUCUUGUUUGGUUUAUUGGUACCAAAUUCUGGCUUAAUGAAGACAUCUCUGCUUUGAUCAUUUUCAUCUCAUUUAUUUUAAAUGUUGUGUAUUUGCUGGCAGUAAAGCAUAAUUUCCAAAGCAACAUUUUAAUUCCAGUAUCCCUUUACUGAUUAUUAAUUAGGAGUGCAUACUAAGUGCAUAAUUCAAUUAAAGGUCUUUACUAGAGUGCAAAAUUAAAUUAUUAAAAGUGGCACAUGGAGUAUGUGCUUCUCUCCGUGAUAUUCUAUGAACAUUGUUAAAGUGAUACUAACAAACACACUAGAAAAUUUUAAGUAAUGCAGUAGUGCCAUCUUCAGGACCUGGGGAUGGUGCAUUGUUUUGCUGUAUUGUUGGAGCUAGAGCAGCUAAAAAAAAAAAAAGGCAAACAGCCCUGAAGAACAAUGAUUUCCAGUGCUUAGUGAUGUUCUGGGACACCAGGUCCUGUGGACGACAUUAUUGCUUUGCUUAGAAUUCACAACUCACCAUCACUUUAAGCUUUAAAAAAACCCUCUUAUGGUUGAAUUGUUAACAAUAAAAAAAAAAAAAAAAACCUUAUAUCCACCAGAAGACUUACUCCCUCCCAUAGGUGCUAAAGUUCUCCAGUGCAGUAACUCCAAACAGCAAAUAAAACAAAUGUCUGGUUGGUUGCUAUAGUUUGAUGCACUAGUGCAUUUUAAGGGGGAUCUCCAGACAAAAACUUUCCUAUAUACAUUGUUUUUUUUAAUGGUUUUGAAGCUAUUUGUAAAUGUAUCUGCAAUGUAAAGCAGUUUUCUGUUUCUGAACAGCCAGACAUGACUGAUUUCAAAAGCAAAUAUAUUUACAAAUAAUAUGUUUUAGGCAACUCAUGCUUAAACACCUUAGUCCCCUGUCAGCUGUUUGUAAUAUUAAGUGACUCAAAUGACUAAAGUGAUCACCUUUGAGCCUGUCACUGCUACAGAUGUAUGUUUUUACUUUGCAGGAAUAGAAGUUGUUUAGAUCUGGCAGAAACUGUUGAGCUUCAAUCACCCCAAGGGAAGAUUUAUCAAAAUCCAAGAUAACCGCUCACCAAAGAAAAAUCCACCCACCUUCUAUUCAUUCCUAUGGGAUUUUUUCACCCAUAAAUACGCUUCUAAAAAUUUCAUAGGAAUGAAUAGAACGUAUGUGAGUUUUAAAAAGUGGGUCAGUUUUUUUUGUAGUGAGCUCUAAUUUUACACUGUUAAAUCUGCUCCAAAGAGUGAAGUUAGAGCUCGCCACAAUCUGUUAAAGUAAAAUUCCACCACAAACCUUCAUUUCUAUGUCAUUUUAAAAGACAUAUUUAUCAAAGGGUGAACUUUCAUUUAUUGAUAAAUACUAUUUUUAAAAAUCCCAUAGAAAUUAAUGGAGAAUGACAGUAUUUCACUUUAGUGGACUGUGGCAAGCUCUAACUUCACACUUUGAUAAAUAUACCCCAUUGGUUUGUUUUUCACAUGCUUUGGGUCUACCAGCAGAUGAAGAACAUGAACAAGGGUGAAUUUAUUUAGGGAUAAGUUACUCAACAACCCUGGCAUCAUUUUCUUAAUUGACUGGUUAGUUUCUUGGAGGUCUACACAAUAUAGACUACCAGCCUAGUUUAGUAGAAUGUUACUGCCCUUCCCAGUAUUUCCUUAUCAGGAGACAGUUAUGCAUAA